GCGCGCGGGGGCGACGGCUCCGCCACCGCCUCUCGCCUCUCGCCUCUCUCCGGCUGCACGGUGCCGGUGCCGGUGUCGGCACCCGGAGCGUGGCCGCCGCCGCUGCGCUGCCGUGGGUGGCCGUGACCCCGGGGACGCCUCCGGCCUCGCUGCGCGGCCUGGCCGCGGCAUGGGCAGCCCGCAGGGAAUUUGCAGGAUCAGAGGGAAUCCAGCCGCUGUGCCGCGGCCAUCCUCCGGCUCCUGCCGAGCCCAGGCCGGCAACUUCAUGGCUUAGCAGCGGCGGCGGAGCCUGCUGCCCCAGGGAUUCCCAGCGUGGAGGAGCGGCUGCUGGCGGGGCCAUGAGGACAGCAUCCCCCUGAGCGCCGGGCGAUGAGCCCGCAGGGGCAUCCCUGCAAGAUGCCGAGGCUAUGGGGCGGGUGCUGAAAUGAUGAAGGGCUACCAUGGGGAGCGUAGCCAGACACAGCCCUCCUCCGGCCACCGCUGCCGCUGCAUCCCAGAGAACUGCGAGCACCCUGCCGACUGCAUCCCGCACGGCCCCGAGGGCCGGCCGCCGUACCUGCCCAGCCCCAGCGAGCCGUGUUCCCUGGAGCAUCCCUACUGCCCGGCGCGGAGCCCCGGCGCGGCCAGCGAGUGCCCGGGCGGGCCCCUGAGCGAGCCGCCCUCCGCCAGCGCCAGCAGCACCUUCCCGAGGAUGCAUCACGCGCAGCAGCCCUACGACUCCUGCGACGAGUGCAUGGCGACCGCCCACCCUGCCAGCAAGAUCAACCGCCUGCCCCCCACGCUGCUGGACCAGUUCGAGAAGCAGCUGCCGCUGCACCACGACGGCUUCCACACGCUGCAGUACCCCCGGGCCGGCGGCGCCGAGCCCCGCAGCGAGAGCCCCAGCCGCAUCCGCCACCUCGUCCACUCCGUCCAGAAGCUCUUCGCCAAGUCCCACUCCCUGGAGGCGCCGGCCAAGCGGGACUACAACGGCGCCAAGAUGGACGGCCGCGGGGACGGCUACCACCACCACCACCACCACCACCAUCACCACCACCACCACCAGUCCCGCCACGGCAAGCGCAGCAAGAGCAAGGACCGUAAGGUGGACUCCCGGCACCGGUCCAAGAUGUUGGGCUGGUGGAGCUCCGACGACAACCUGGACAGCGACAGCAGCUACAUGGUGUCCGGCCGGCACGCCACCGACCAGGGCACCCAGUACUGCGUGGACGCUCCCGAAAGUGCCUUCAGAGACUUGACCUUGAAGAGUCUAAAGGGCGGCGGGGAAGGAAAAUGCCUGGCCUGUGCCGGCAUGUCCAUGUCUCUGGACGGCCAGACGCUCAAGAGGAGCGCCUGGCACACCAUGACCGUCAGCCAGGCCCGUGAAGCCUAUCCCAGCGCCGGCGGCACCGAGAAGACCUUGAUGCUUCAGGAAGCAAAGGCCAAAGACCGGGCGUACCAGUACCUGCAGGUGCCGCAGGACGAGUGGAGCGGGUACCCAGCGGGCAAGGACGGGGAGAUCCCGUGCCGGCGGAUGCGCAGCGGCAGCUACAUCAAGGCCAUGGGCGACGAGGACAGCGCCGACUCGGACAUCAGCUCCAAAGUGCUGCCCAGGGCGGCCACGCGGCGAGACAGCUACCGCCGCUCCUCCAGCGCCGACCAGGCCAGGACCAAGUUUGCAAGUAGGCACUAUUCUGAUUCAUAUAUCUGUAACUGUCCCAGCUGCUGCACGCCACCGCGAAUGCUCCCGCGGGGACAGAGCUACGGGCGCUCCUUCACCACCGGCCAGAUCAAUGACGAGCUCAACCACCAGUUUGAGGCCGUUUGCGAGUCGGUUUUCGGCGAGGUGGAGUCGCAGGCCGUGGAGGCGCUGGACCUGCCCGGCUGCUUCCGCAUGCGGAGCCACAGCUACCUGCGGGCCAUCCAGGCGGGCUGCUCCCAGGACGACGACUGUCUCUCACUCUUCUCCAUGUCGGCCCCUCCUGGGCCACCCAUCACCAGCAGCAUCCUGAAGCCCAGCACUUCCUUCAGUUACAGAAAAGCUCCACCUCCCAUCCCUCCAGGAACCAAAGCCAAACCUCUCAUCUCUGUCACGGCGCAGAGCAGCACCGAGUCCACCCACGAGAGCUACCUGCCCAGCGAGGUCGCCCGCAGCCCCGCCUGGUCCAAAGACGCCGCGGCGCGCUGCAACUCGGCCGAGAGCCUGGAGAGCUCCAAGGUGACGGCCGUGGCCCUCGACCUGCCCCCGGUCCAGCCCCGUGCUGCUCCCAAGCCCUCCACGCUCAUCAUCAAGGCCAUCCCAGGCCGGGAGGAGCUGCGGAGCUUGGCUCGGCAGCGCAAGUGGCGUCCCUCCAUCGGUGUCCAGGUUGAGGCCGCCUCUGACUCGGAUACCGAGAGCCGGAGCCAGAGGGAGUUCCACUCCAUCGGGGUGCAGGUGGAGGAGGACAAAAGGCGAGCGCGCUUCAAGCGCUCCAACAGCGUGACAGCGGGCGUGCAGGCGGACCUGGAGCUGGAGGGCUUCACCGGCCUGGCCGUGGCCACCGAGGACAAAGCCCUGCAGUUCGGGCGGCCCUUCCAGCGGCACUCCUCGGAGCCCGAGUCGGGCCGGCAGUACGCCGUGUACAAGACGGUGCACACGCAGGGGCAGUGGGCGUACCGCGAGGAUUACCAGCUGCAGUACGACACGGUGGAGGUGCCCCGGCGGGAUGCCUGGAUCGAGAGGGGCUCCCGCAGCCUCCCCGACUCCGGCCGCGCCUCCCCGUGCCACCGCGACGGGGAGUGGUUCAUCAAACUGCUGCAGGCAGAGGUGGAGAAGAUGGAGGGCUGGUGCCAGCAGAUGGAGAGGGAGGCGGAGGACUAUGACCUGCCCGAGGAGAUCCUGGAGAAGAUCCGGAGCGCGGUGGGCAGUGCCCAGCUCCUCAUGUCCCAGAAGGUGCAGCAGUUCUACCGCCUCUGCCAGCAGAACAUGGAUCCCAAUGCAUUCCCUGUGCCCACUUUCCAAGACCUGGCUGGCUUCUGGGACCUCCUGCAGCUCUCCAUUGAGGAUGUCAGCAUGAAGUUUGGGGAGCUCCAGCAGCUCAAGGCCAAUGGGUGGAAGAUCAUGGAGCCCAAGGAGGAGAAGAAGGUGCCUCCCCCGAUACCAAAGAAGCCGCCGCGCUCCAAGGUGCACCCGGUGAAGGAGCGCUCCCUGGACUCGGUGGACCGGCAGCGGCAGGAGGCCCGCAAGCGGCUCCUGGCAGCCAAGCGAGCCGCCUCCUUCCGCCAGAGCUCGGCCACCGAGAGCGCGGACAGCAUCGAGAUCUACAUCCCCGAGGCGCAGACCCGGCUGUGACCGCAGCCUCCGCUUUUCUACCCGGACUGGACGGCGCGGCCGUAGCUCACUGUGAUGGGGGGCCGCGGGGACACCCUGGGGCAGCUCUUGGCCCCACUCACAGCUUCUCUCUUUUCUAUCUUAGCCCUUUUCGUGGAUCCGACGGCGGGUGACCGCAAAGCCCGGUUCUGCCCCGUCCCCUUGCCCCCUCCCCGCCGCCCGCAUGCCCCUGCCAGCCUCUCCUGGGGUCCGGGGCUCUCCCUCCCUCUGCCCUCCCUGGGGCUGUGUCCCAGCUUUCUGUCCCUUUCCCACUCCCCAGCCCUUCUGCACACUCGCCCCUGCAUCCCAACCCAAAGAGAGGUGACCUUCAGCAGCCGGCGCCGCCGGGCUGGAGGGGAGGGGGCUGCAGGCAGGCCCCCCCGCCUCUCUGUACUCAGUGCAAUCCCCUGGUGUAUGGGGACGGGCCCCCAGCCCCUGCCCAGCCGGCACGAAGCUUUGGGACGUGCUGGGGACAAAGGGGUCCCCUCGCUGCUCUCCCCACCUGCGGCUCAGGUGCCGUGGGGACCCAGGGCUCCCUCCCCUAUAUACAUAUAUAAAUAUAACCCAAGGAAUAAACCAGAAACUACACGUGACCAGCGCUGUGUCCUGCCUGGUGGGACGGGCCAGAGCAGCAGAAGCCUCCGGUCACGGCGAGCCGCCCCGCUUCCCUCGCACGGAGCAUCGCCACGCGCUUCUCCCCUUCCCGCUCAGCCCUCCUUCCCCUCAGUCCAUCCCUCAUCUGUCCGUCCUUCCCUCCUGCCAGCCUGCAGUCCAGGAGCACCUCUGCAAUAUGGCACUAGCCAGGGACAGGCGAUAGUCCCCCCCGUGCCUUGCUGCAGGUGGGAGAUGCUUCCCCAGUGAGCCUGUUCCCAAACUGCAGUGACAAGGACCACACCUGGGCUUGGCACCAGUGGGUGGGGUGGGAGUGUGGACGUGGCCAGCAGCUGUCCCUCGAGUGUGGAGCUAGAGACCCCCUCAGGGGCUCACCCCUUCCCCCUGAGCUCCCGGAGCCCUGAGGGAUGGGACACCCCAGGAUAGGGCUGUCACGUACCUGAUGUCUCUCAGGGCCAAGGGACGCCCUGGGAUGUGGCUGUUCCCAGCUCCCCCAUCACUGUGCACAGAGCCAGGAUCAGGGUGGAGAGUCCCCUCCAGGGCAGAGCAGUGCGGAGGGGCAGGAGGCUGCAUCUGCCUCAUCCCUGUCCUCAACCCUCUCCAAGCAUCCUGUCCCCCUCAGUGUCCCUUCUGGUGGCACAGGGGGGAGGACCCCACUCCCGUCCCUCACUCUGCCACGCCAGCAGCCCCACGCAGCAUCACCAGCCACCCCCCCAGGGCAGGGCCAGUGGGUGCCAGGCAGCUCCCGAAAUCUGGGGCCAAACCUCGCCCAGGCCCUCAGGCAGGGCGGUGGGAUCAGAGGCAGCGGGGGGACGCCUCGCUCCUGGGGGCCCGUCGGUGCUAAACACCUCCGUGACGGCAGCACCCACUCAGCCACCCGAAGCCCUUCCCCACCCCACUCCCCCUGCACCCCCAAUUUAGGGAUGUGCCUGGGAAGGGCCCCCGGCCCCCGCCCCGGCCAGCGCCGUGCAGUGACCGUGACACGUGGCUCCCUUUUUAUUGUAACGAACCGCCGCAAUUAAUAAAGAUGACUUUGGUUACUCCGGGCCAGCGGCCACUUCCCUGCGGGGAUAUGGCCGGCACCGGGCUCGCCUUUCACCUGUCUCCCAUCCUUUUGUGUCCGUGGGGUGGGAAAUGGAUGUCUGUGGGGUGGGAAAUUGGUAACCGUGGGGUGGGAGAGGGGUUUUUGCCGUUCUCCUCGUGGAUCUCCCCAUGCAGAUCUCGCACGGGUCUCCCCAUGGUCUUUUCCAGUGUGGUCUCUGCUUCUGUCUCCCUAUGGAUGUCCUCCUGUGGAUGUCUC